AUGUACAAGAAGAGGCUGCGCCACUAUGACUUGCCGGGCGACGAUGCUACCGAUAAAGACGUUGGGCCUAACGUUAUCGUACGAGAAGCUGAACGAACAGAAAUCAUCCUUGAGUACAUUACGUACCUGGGCUACAAGGACUUGGGCUAUCUGACCUGCCGAGUGACGACCGUGCAGCUUGAGAGCUGUCACUUCCAUGAUGAGCUCACGGUGGAUGGAACAUAUGUGAAGCAACUGAUGCAGAACAAGUACCCGGACAUAUUACAUGUAUUGCCGGAGAAGCCACGGGUAGUGAGGGUCAAGACGAGCAUUGACAAUUUCGCUGCUGAGAACAACGAUCCUGUGCCGUAUGGGCAAGGCUUUGAAACGUCAAGAAGUUGGGUGGUUGUGGACAAAGUGAUGGCAUCCAGUGGGUGUUCAGCAAACGACACCUCGUCAGGGAUCGACUAG